AUGCCAUUCGUGGUGUUAUUAUUUGCUUCCAUCUUUAUACAACUUGUUGCUGCCGGUGGAACAGGCCCUGGUGGACCUGGAAUAGCCAGCAUUCCUGACGAGUACAAUAAAGGAUGGUGGAAUAAAACAUACCACCCUAUAGCCCCACAACAAGUUCACUUGUCUUGGCUAUCAGAUGGCACCGCUGCACGCUUGCAAUUUGCCACAACCGAUAAAGUGGAUCGAGUUCAGCUCAUUUAUUGGCCAUUGUACCACAACAAUGAAACAACUUUGCUCGAAGAACCAGAACAAGCUGGCCCUUUUAUUGAUCCAGGACCUGCAAAACGCAUCCAAUACCUAUAUAAUUUCCGAACAAAGGACCUUGCACCUUCGACUCAAUUCCAGUACAAGGUGGGCGCAUUCAAAGAUAACGUUUCCUUGUGGUCGGACAUCUAUGAAUUUCAUACCCCUGAUUCCAAUGAUGAUUUUCGAUUCAUUGCUACUGCUGAUAUGGGUAUCGUCAAUGCCGUGUCAAUGCCAAUCCUUAAGCAAUUGGUACGCGAAAACGAAUAUGAUUUUCUAGCAAUGAUGGGCGAUCAGGCGUAUGAUCUCGCUGAUAUGGAUGGCACUAAAGGAGAUGAGUACCUGAAUUUUGCUCAAGAUGUGUAUGCACAAAUGCCUGUUUUGACGACACCAGGGAACCACGAGAAGCAUUAUAACUUUACUCAUUACAAACGUCGAUUCAACCACCUGCCUUUUAACGAAUCCAACUCAUCAACGCCUAUGUUGUAUUCCCUUGACUAUAAAUCCAUGCACCUGGUAUCGUUUUCAACCGAGGCUUAUUUUAGCAAUGAUACGAACGAGCUGCAAACAGCAUUACAGUGGCUCGAACAAGACUUAAAACGUGCCAAUACCAUGCGUCACGAACGACCUUGGCUCGUCGUCAUGGGCCAUCGUCCUCUUUAUUGCACUCCACGCAAUGACAAGGAUUGCUCGUGGAAAGCUGAUCUCCUUAGGCAUGGUCUUUUAUCAGCCGAUAACACAACACGUACUACAUUGGGAAUGGAGGACCUUUUCAUCAAGUACAAGGUGGAUUUGUAUUUAUGUGGGCACAAGCAUGGUUACGAACGCAGCUUUCCUAUUGCAGGCAACAAAAAGAUGGCUGACCAAUACCACAAUACCCCAUCCUAUUUUCAAGUUAUCACUGGCAAUGCCGGCAACUUUGAUGGACCCGAUCCUGUUGAUAUCACCACGCUGAGAGAGGAUUGGUCUGCCAAGUUUUACCCAGGUUAUGGAUUGACUUUUGUGUCUGUAAGUCCUACUGGACUCAACGUAUCGCAUUGGGAAUCAAGAAUCGAUGGCAAAAAGGGUGUCCAAAUAGAUAAUGUUAUCGUAACAAAGGAUCCAACGCUAUAA